CCUCCCCCCAAUACAUUAAGCUCUGUCCCUUAAGUGUAGCAUGAUUUAGUUUUCUCCGGCCUAUCAGAUAGGUCUGUGAGUAUAGACUUGCCAUUUUUGCAUUUCAUGGGCAGAGGACAACUGCACCAGAUGUGUAAGAGCUACUAACCAAGAUGAUCAAAAUUGGAGUGAUUGUGGUACUUCUCAGUUUGAUGUGUAAGUGAAAUUCCAAACUUAACCUAUUUUUCAAUCAUUAAUCAUUAAUCAUCAAUGGCUUAUUUCCUAGACCCUCGUUCUGGACUAAAAGUAUUCUACAUGGAGAUGGCCUAAUCUGUGUCUGGGAAAGCAGCUGUUUAUCAUGGAUUUCUAAUAUGCAGUUCAUGAUACUAAUUUGAAGUCUUAAAGGAAACAUGGUGCAUAUGGAUAAAGACUGUGAACGUUAAAUAAAUUGUUAAACGUUUCACCUCAAACACAAAUGAAGGUGUUACAGAAAAUAAAUACGUAUUUUCCCAUUUAAGUUGAGUGCUUCUUGUAUCAAUUUCUAACAUAGGCAAUAGUUGUAUAUUACUUGGCAGGGUUCUAAAAUGUGUUUUUACAGAUGUGACAAAAUGCAAUGAUCAGUAUCAAACUCAAAUUCGGGAGGUUCAUCCUGGGGACCCAGUGACACUAUACUGUGUUUUUUCAAAGGAAGAUAUCAAUAUGUUCUGGUACAAACAAAUGGUGGGGCAAAAGCCUCAAACUAUUGUAACAAUGACAAAAUAUGAUAUGCCUGUAUGGCACAAGGACUUUAACCAUUCACGUGUCAAUGUGGAGAAGGCUGAUGCUGAUGGGAUGUAUCGACUUGCUAUUACAAACACGGGCCCAACAGAUGAAGCCGUUUACUAUUGUGCAGCGAGAACAGCCUAUGAAGUCAACUUUAUCAAUGGGACUCUUUUACUAUUGAAAGGUAAGAAUCACCAAAGGUCACACUACCAUACUAUAGUGCAGAGGCCAGUGUCUGACCCAGUCCAUCCAGGACACUCUGUGACUCUACAGUGUACUGUACUCUCUGAGACCUGUACAGGAGAACACAGUGUGUACUGGUUCAGAGCCGGAUCAGGAGAAUCCCAUCCAGGAGUCAUUUACACCCCUGGGAACAGGAGUGAUGCGUGUAAGAAGAGCCCUGAGACUCCCUCUCCUACACAGAGCUGUGUCUACAGCCUCUCCAAGAACAACCUCAGUCUCUCUGAUGCUGGGACUUACUACUGUGCUGUGGCCAUAUGUGGCGAGAUCCUGUUUGGCAAUGGAACAAAACUGGAUGUCAAAGUAGGGAUGGACUUUAUUGUGCUGGUUCCAGUUGGUAUUAGUCUGUGUGGAACUCUAAUGCUGAAUGCUGUGUUACUGUUCUUCAUCCACUCACGUCAAAAGGAAACAAACGAUGACACAUCUCUACAAAUCUGUGAUGCCAUUCUCAGUGCUGACCAGUUGGGUCAACAGGAUUCAGUGGUGAAUGGCUACAAUACACUGCAGUGACCUUUACCACCAAGACAACUGGAACCAGGAGAAAGAAAUGAAAGAACAGGGGCAGCAUCCAAUCGGUCCACCAUUUUAAGUUGCAACCUAACAGAAACAAGCAAUCUUUUUUUACAGACAUAGAUUACAGUUUGUUUUCUAUAGUUUAAAGGGGUGUAAAUCCCAGAGUUACUAACCAGUCCUGCUUGUGCUUUCUUGUUUCUUUGAUAAUUUCUAAAAUUAAGUGUGAAUGCAUGUGCAGUAUGUUUAAUUAGUAGUCCAUUUCAAAGAGUUGAACUUUGAUGACAAUUGUGUAAAUCAACUUUGUAAUUUUGUUAAAAGCUCCAUUUUAAAUAAUGUGAUGAAUCAGACCAUGUUUAAAUAUAAAGUGGUUUGAUGAUCCUA